GCCCGCCGGGCGGCGCCCCAGUGCCUCUCCGCGCGCCUCCCGCGCUGCCCGCUCCCGGCUCGCUCGCAGCCGGACACAGACUCUGCCUUCGGCUGCUGGCGGAUCGAGCUGGAGCCACCGCCGCUGCUGCGGAAGAAGAAAAAAAAAAAAAAAAAAAAAAAAGGAAAACAACAGCCCGGCCGCGGGCCGAGCAGCGUCGGGUCCCCGGCUCGGCGCCCGGAGUGCGGAGCCGCCCAGGUACCGUGUGAGUACCUACUAUGUGCCAGCCUGUGCCAGGCACAGGGGACACAGGUGGAAAAGUCCAAGUUGUUCCCUGCUUUUCUGAUUCUCAUCAUCCCGGAGCGUUAUGUCAUGCCCAGACCAGCAGAGGGCUCCAUGAGGAGUUAUAGAAGAUGCCCCGUGUCUCCGCGCCUUUGGUGCUGCUUCCCGCGUGGCUCGUGAUGGUUGCCUGUAGCCCACACUCCCUGAGGAUCGCUGCUAUCUUGGAUGACCCCAUGGAGUGCAGCAGAGGGGAACGGCUCUCCAUCACCCUGGCCAAGAACCGCAUCAACCGCGCACCAGAGAGACUGGGCAAGGCCAAGGUCGAAGUGGACAUCUUUGAGCUUCUCAGAGACAGCGAAUACGAAACUGCAGAAACCAUGUGUCAGAUCCUCCCCAAGGGAGUGGUGGCUGUCCUGGGACCAUCCUCGAGCCCAGCCUCCAGCUCUAUCAUCAGCAACAUCUGUGGCGAGAAGGAGGUCCCUCAUUUCAAAGUGGCCCCAGAGGAGUUUGUCAGGUUCCAGCUGCAGAGAUUCACUACCCUGAACCUUCACCCCAGCAACACGGACAUCAGCGUGGCUGUGGCCGGGAUCCUGAAUUUCUUCAAUUGCACCACCGCCUGCCUCAUCUGUGCCAAAGCAGAAUGCCUUUUAAACCUGGAGAAGCUGCUCCGGCAAUUCCUUAUCUCCAAGGACACACUCUCAGUCCGGAUGCUGGAUGACACGCGAGACCCCACUCCGCUCCUCAAGGAGAUCCGGGACGACAAGACAGCUACCAUCAUCAUCCAUGCCAAUGCCUCCAUGUCCCACACCAUCCUCCUGAAGGCAGCUGAGCUGGGGAUGGUGUCAGCCUAUUAUACAUACAUCUUCACCAAUCUGGAAUUCUCCCUCCAGAGAAUGGACAGUCUUGUGGAUGACAGAGUCAACAUCUUAGGAUUUUCCAUUUUCAACCAAUCCCAUGCUUUCUUCCAAGAGUUCUCCCAGAGUCUCAACCAAUCCUGGCAGGAGAACUGUGACCAUGUGCCCUUCACUGGCCCCGCGCUGUCCUCCGCCUUGCUGUUUGACGCUGUCUACGCUGUGGUGACGGCAGUGCAGGAACUGAACCGGAGCCAGGAGAUCGGUGUGAAGCCCCUGUCCUGCGGCUCAGCCCAGAUCUGGCAGCAUGGCACCAGCCUCAUGAACUACCUGCGCAUGGUAGAAUUGGAAGGUCUCACCGGCCACAUUGAAUUCAACAGCAAAGGCCAGAGGUCCAACUAUGCCUUGAAAAUAUUACAGUUCACCAGGAAUGGUUUCCGGCAGAUCGGCCAGUGGCACGUGGCAGAGGGCCUCAGCAUGGACAGCCGCCUCUACGCCUCCAACAUCUCCGACAGUCUUUUCAACACCACCUUGGUCGUCACCACCAUCCUGGAAAACCCGUACUUAAUGCUGAAGGGGAACCACCAGGAGAUGGAAGGCAAUGACCGCUACGAGGGCUUCUGUGUGGACAUGCUCAAGGAGUUGGCUGAGAUCCUACGGUUCAACUACAAGAUCCGCCUUGUCGGGGAUGGUGUAUAUGGCGUGCCUGAGGCCAACGGCACCUGGACAGGCAUGGUUGGGGAGCUGAUUGCUCGGAAAGCUGAUUUGGCUGUGGCAGGCCUUACCAUCACAGCUGAACGUGAGAAAGUGAUUGAUUUCUCGAAGCCAUUCAUGACGCUGGGAAUUAGUAUUCUUUACAGAGUUCAUAUGGGACGCAGACCAGGCUACUUCUCCUUUCUGGACCCCUUCUCUCCAGGAGUCUGGCUCUUCAUGCUUCUGGCUUAUCUGGCUGUCAGCUGUGUCCUCUUCCUGGUGGCUCGGUUAACUCCCUACGAGUGGUACAGUCCGCACCCUUGCGCGCAGGGCCGGUGUAACCUUCUGGUCAACCAGUACUCCUUAGGCAAUAGCCUCUGGUUUCCAGUCGGAGGCUUCAUGCAGCAAGGCUCUACCAUCGCCCCUCGCGCCUUGUCCACCCGCUGCGUCAGUGGCGUCUGGUGGGCGUUCACCCUCAUCAUCAUCUCCUCGUACACGGCCAACCUGGCCGCCUUCCUGACUGUGCAGCGUAUGGAAGUGCCCAUCGAGUCAGUGGACGACCUGGCUGACCAGACCACCAUCGAGUAUGGCACGAUUCACGGAGGCUCCAGCAUGACUUUCUUCCAAAAUUCUCGUUACCAGACCUACCAACGCAUGUGGAAUUAUAUGUACUCCAAGCAGCCGAGUGUGUUUGUGAAGAGCACGGAGGAAGGAAUUGCCAGGGUGUUGAAUUCCAACUACGCCUUCCUGCUGGAGUCCACCAUGAAUGAGUACUAUCGGCAGCGAAACUGCAACCUCACUCAGAUUGGGGGCCUGCUGGACACCAAGGGCUAUGGGAUUGGCAUGCCAGUCGGCUCAGUGUUCCGGGAUGAGUUCGACCUGGCCAUUCUCCAGCUACAGGAGAACAACCGCCUGGAGAUUCUGAAGCGAAAGUGGUGGGAAGGAGGGAAAUGCCCCAAGGAGGAAGAUCACAGAGCCAAAGGCCUGGGAAUGGAGAAUAUUGGUGGAAUCUUUGUGGUUCUUAUUUGUGGCUUAAUAGUGGCCAUUUUCAUGGCUAUGCUGGAGUUUUUGUGGACUCUCAGACACUCAGAAGCAUCUGAGGUGUCUGUGUGUCAGGAGAUGGUGACGGAGCUGCGCAGCAUCAUCCUGUGCCAGGACAGUAUCCACCCCAGGCGGCGGCGCUCUGGAGGCCUGCCACCCCCACCCCCGGUCCUGGAGGAGCGCCGGCCCCGGGGCACAGCGACGCUCAGCAAUGGCAAGCUGUGUGGCGCCGGGGAGCCGGACCAGCUGGCGCAGAGACUGGCACAAGAGGCCGCCCUAGUGGCUCGCGGCUGCACACACAUUCGCGUGUGCCCCGAGUGCCGCCGCUUCCAGGGCCUGCGGGCGCGACCAUCACCGGCUCGCAGCGAGGAGAGCCUGGAGUGGGACAAGACCACCAACAGCAGCGAGCCCGAGUAGUGGCGCGAAGGACCACGGAGCCAGGCGGGGAGGCGGGAGGGUAGACUUUGCAACAUCGUUCUCUCCAAAUUCAAGACUCAAUCACUUUACAAAGGGCAUCAGAGCCUGAUGCUCCAGAAGGAGGAGGAUACCGCCCUUUUGGAGAGCAGGUCUAUCUGGACGUUGCAUCCACGUGGCAGAGAUGCUGGCCCUUGUGGGCACAAGGACCCAUCUCCUCCCAGAGGGCCUUUCUUUCAAACCCAAAUAACAUGGAGCCCCGGCCGGGGAAGUUCAAGAAAUUGAUGGCAUCAUCAGUUGAAUUCCCCCCUAGGAAGGGGCCAUUGUACCCUGGGUCUAGUUCUUAACAGGAAAAAAAAAAAAUUAAACCCAACAGGGAAGUUUUUCUUUUCUGAAUUUGUAUAUUUUUGUUAAUGUCCUUUUCUUUCCUGUUUUUCUUUUGUCUCUUUUGGUUUCAAGGUCUAAGGUUCAGUUGUCUUGUGCUUUGGGAUGGGGAGUGUGGGUUGGGGGGAUGGAGGUCUGACCCCUUCUCUCUCCCCUCUAUCUCUAUCCAUCUAUCCAUCUAUCCAUCUAUCCAUCUAUCCAUCUAUCCAUCUAUCCAUCUAUCCAUCUAUCCAUCUAUCCAUCUAUCCAUCUAUCCAUCUAUCCAUCUAUCCAUCUAUCCAUCUAUCCAUCUAUCCAUCUAUCCAUCUAUCCAUCUAUAUCUAUCUAUCUAUCUAUCUAUCUAUCUAUCUAUCUAUCUAUCUAUCUGAUUUUGGAGUUGCUGGUGCACAGGGUUUUAGGUGCUGACCCUACCCCCCUCAUGUCAUGUAGUGUUUUGUGGUCUCCCUAAGUGUAGAGGGCCGUGGGUGAAAGUCUAUCAAGCCAACUUGUUAAAUGCCAGAAAAAAGCAGUUAGCCUGUGGUCUACCAGAAGACACCUUGAAAUGCCCGGGUUUCUGAGUGUUAAUCUGACUCUCCUUUUUCUUUCCCUAUUUUCAUCUCUGAAAAGAGAAGAAAGACAGAAUAUGCAAAGCAUGCUGGGCACUAUGUAAGGAGUAAGGAGAGGGCAUGUGAUUUUUCCAUACUGUGGUCCUGACUUUCACUGUAAGGUCCUACUCAGAGAGGAGAGAGGAUGGGGCCGCUCCACUGGUAUGAUAGACCCUUUACAAUGGCAUCUCUUUUCAGCUGACCUCAGUAGCUGCCUCUGAAGCACUACCCCCAAGGCUCUUAUGGAUUGGGUGAUUUGGGGGGGGGGUACUAGACAUAAAACCUGGGUGCAAGUAUGUGUGUGUUUGUGUAUGUGUGUUCAUGCUCCCAUACGUGUGUGUGCGCAAGUGUCCAUGCCUAUGUUUAUGAGUCAGAAAGACUUUCCUUAAGUAGCCAACAAUUCACCCAGUUCCUGGGAGAGACCAGAGUCUUUUAGCCUGUCACUGACUGAGGAGCUAGGAACAUAAAUCCAGAUCUCAGUGUGGGUAGUAGCAUUCCUUGUGUGACCAAGGAUGAAGUAUCUGACUUCUCUACUGUAGACUGGGAGUCAGCAAUACUCCCCUAGGCAACCAGGGACUGUUCUGCCUGGAGGUUUGCCAGGCCCAGACUGCUUUCCUGAUGAGAGGACCAGGACUUCUGCGGAGCCGACGGAUGUGUGUGUCAUCAGAAUUUCAUGGAGAAUCGUCAUUUUCUGGUGGCAAACAAACUCUAUGCAAUUCCUGACUGUAAACUCCAACAGUUCCAAGAGAAGGCUGGACAGUGGCCAGUGACUCCACCUUCACCACCGUCACCUGGAGUCGAGCUGACUUCACAUGGCUCUUGUUCCGAAUGUACUAAAAUAAAGACGUUUUUGAAGAUGCCGAGCCGAAUCCCCUGGUUCUGCCUUCUGGAUUGGUUGGCAUUCUCUCUGUGCCGGGGCUGCUUCUUACCCCGGGGACAAGCUCUAACCUCGAUUCUUCUCAGUCAUCUAAGAGGUGCCCUGUCAGUCCUAAGCAGACCUCUUGUUGGUAACCCCGAAUCCUUUUUCAUUUUUCUCUUUAACUAUCCAAUGGCAGCAAGCUGUGUGGGACACUUGAGGUUUUGUUUUUGUUUUUGCCAUACUUUGUGGAGAAACACAGACUUGGUGGGAAGGGCACUUAACGUCUGAUGGCCAGCAGACCCCAGUGGUGUCGCAGCUGCUCUAGCUCCCAGCCCUUUUCCCAGGCUUCUCACUCCAGAAUCCCUCUGCCAGAUCACAUGUUGGACAGGAAGGGUUGUUUUUUAAAAAACAAAACAAAACUCGUUUUUAUGAGUGAGAUAUCUUGAUCAACAGACAUUUUUUUUAAUGGAUUAGUGAAGUCAGCGUUCCCAAGCAUCAUUUGUGGCGUCUGUUUCCUUCCCUUCGUGGGAUAGCGAUGAGAUAGACAGCACUAGGCAGCUUUCCUAACUCCAUUGCUGCGCCUCCCUCCAGUUGCUGCUGUGUGCAUCUACUCCCAACUGUUUCUGGUUCAUGGUUUGUCUCCUCCACGUUUGAUCCAUUGCUCAUUAGCUUUCUUUCCCAUCCUGUGUUUUCUAUCUGAA